AUGGGCUACACCAAAGAAAAAGCACCAAAUGCACCCCUGGAGGUUCCAGGCCCUGACAGAGUGAUCCCUAGCCACCUGGAGAGCACCUCGAGCUGCUCACCUCCUACCCCAACAACCAGUGUGUGGAGAAGCCCUCUGUCCCCCCUCUCCCCCAAUGGCCGAGGCCAUGGCUAUGGGAGUGUGGCUCCCUGGGCAGCUCCCAGGCUCCAAGUGGAAAAGACGCUGCUUACAGAGUCAGGAGGAGGCACAUACCAAGCUGGAAAGACCCUGAGUCUCAAAUGCCAAACCUCUGGCUUCCAGUUCAAGACAAGUCAACUUGACUGGUACCUUUGGACCCCUGGCCAUGCCCCGCUGUGGUUGACUGGUCUGAAUAGUAGUUCUACAGAUGCCACUGAGGGCAGGAUCACUUCUUCCAGAGAAGACAACAAGAAUCAAAUUUUCCUACAGAUUGAGGACCUGGGCCUUAGGGAUUCUGGCCAAUACCACUGUGCAAGGAGGGUAGGCAAUGGGGACGACACAGACAAGUUGGUCUUUGGUCUUGGAACACGUGUGAUUGUGGAGCCUAGACCUCAAGCCCCCCUGUCACCCAGUGUGUUCUUGGUGAGAGAUCAGAAUGCUGUUGCCUGCCUGAUCAGGAACUUCUACCCCAAGGAACUCCAUGUAUCCCUGACCUCCUCUGGGACUCUGAUCUCAGCUCAGAACCUCACUCUGGCUCCAAUGGCCACUGGCACCUACAGUGCUAUCCACAUUGGCAGGGUUGGUGAGAAUGAUGCAAUAACCUGCUCAGUGAAGCAUCUUGAGAAAGAGAUACAUAUGUCUCACCAGGCAGGUAUGAGCAGUCCCUGGUUGACAGAGAUUGUGGGGAGAGGGAGUGGGGAAGAAGGAUGCUUCAGCUAUAAUAUCUGGAGAAGGGCAUGACAGAAUGUUAAGGAAAAUUUUAAUCUAGGGAAAAGAAUACUAGAAUUGGAAUGUGUGUCCUAUGAUAGAAAGGAGUAUCCUAGGAAAGGGAGUCAUUUACUGGAGAUAAGAAUUCUGGUGUAGGGAGUAUGUUCUGGUUUGAUGCAAGGCUGUUAAGAUCAGGACAUGGUCCUAGUCUGGAAAGGUGAUUCCUAACAUUGAGAGAGAGUUGUGCCCUGGGGAGGCCAGUCCUGGGCUCAUUGAUGAUCAGAGUUGUGUUUGAGGAUACAUUUCUAGUUUCAGAUCAUACUGGACCAGACCCUGGGAUUGCCUCUGAGCUGAAACUGUCUUGCCCUGAGCAGGAUAUCACAAGUGAGUUAAAGAUCCAUGGUGAAAAUGCAGGGAUAAUAAGAUUGAACCUGAGAGCCUCAUAGGAAAGAAGAAUGCAACAAAGACCAGAAGGGGAAAGCGACAUCCUGAAAAUUACCAAAAGACAAAAUUAGCUUUGAUCAUGUAAGGAAUAAGUUUAUGGUUAUUAGGACUAUUCAAAAGUGGAAUGGAAGUUUUAGGAGUCUAUGGGGC